CAUCAAAAUUCUGGUCGUUUCCAUUCUCUUCAAAAUUCCCACUUCUUCUCUCUGAAUUGAUUUCCAUUACUCUCUUCCUCUGUCGAGAAAAAGCCUGUUCUCUUUCUUCCGUAAUUAGGGCACAAAAACGAUGCCUUUGUUCCUCUCAGACGAGGAGUUCGCGCGGUGCUCCGGCGACAGCGCCACUGUUGCGGCAAAGGCUGACGCCUACAUCCGCAGCCUUCUCCAGGAGCUCGACACGCUCCGCGCCCGGUCACACGCCGCCGAUAUCAACGCCGAGCAGAACUGCUCCCUCGUCGAGCAGAAGUUCCUAACCCUCGCCUCCGACUUCUCCUCCCUCCAGUACCGUGUCUCUGAACUCGAGUCCGAUAUCGAACGGCGAAACCGUGACCUCGUAGACGUACGAUCGCAGAACCACCAAGUCCAGCUCCAAUUGGUUGAGAAGGAUAGGGAGAUAGAGAGGUUGAGGACGGAGAUUAGCGAGGUUCACAAAUCAAAGAGGCAGCUGAUUGAGCUCAAUGAUCAGAAGGAUUUGGAGCUUAGUGAGAAAAAUGCUACCAUCAAGAGCUACCUUGAUAAGAUUGUUCAUUUGAGUGAGAAUGCUGCUCAGAAGGAGGCCCGAAUAAGUGAACUUGAAGCAGAGCUGGGAAGGUCUAAGGCUGCUUGUACUCGCUUUGAACAGGAGAAGGAGAUUCUUGAGAGACAGAAUGCUUGGCUUAAUGAUGAGUUGACAGAUAAAGUUAAUAGUUACUUUGAGCUUCGAAAGAAACACACAGAAUUGGACGCUGACAUGUCUUCCAAGCUUGCAGAUGUUGAGAGGCAAUUUAGUGAAUGCUCAAAAUCUCUGCAGUGGAAUAAGGAUAGAGUGAGGGAACUAGAAACACAACUUAUAUCCUUGCAAGAGGAUUUAAUUUCAGCUAAAGAUGCUGCAGCAGCAAAUGAAGAGCGAUUAUCAGCUGAACUUUCCACUGUUAACAAGCUCAAUGAUCUAUAUAAAGAGAGUUCUGAGGAGUGGUCAAGAAAAGCAGCAGAUUUAGAGGGAGUGAUCCAAGCAAUAGAGUCUCAACUAAAGCAAGUUGAAGAUGAUUAUAAAGAGAGAUUGGAGAAGGAAGUAACUUCUAGAAAUCAGGCAGAAAAGGAGGCUGCUGAUUUAAAAGGAAAGCUUGAGAGACUUGAAGCUGAAAUUGAGGCAAGAAAGAAAACAACUGAGCCAAGGGAAUUUCUUCAACCUUUUCUUUUGGAUCACAGGUGGACGGCAUCAAUUGAAGAUGAUAAUAUGGCAGAUGAAAAUAAUUUGCUUGUCCCAAAAAUUCCUGUUGGUGUCUCUGGGACAGCAUUAGCUGCUUCACUCCUGAGAGAUGGAUGGAGUUUGGCCAAAAUGUAUGCAAAAUAUCAAGAAGCUGUUGAUGCACUGAGACAUGAGCAAUUGGGUAGAAAGGAGUCAGAGGCAAUCUUGCAUCGGAUUCUGUAUGAGUUAGAGGAGAAGGCUGAAGCUAUUAUACAUGAAAGAGCGGAACAUGAAAAGAUGGUUGAAGCAUACUCCUCAAUGAACCAAAAAUUGCAGAACUCCUUGACUGAAAAUGCUAACUUGGAGAAAAGUAUUCAAGAACUGAAGGCUGACCUUAGAAGGCAUGAACGGGAUUAUAACCUUGCACAGAAAGAAAUUGAUGACCUUCAAAAACAGCUUUUGUCAAUGCCCGUAGUCAUGAUGGAGGAUAGUGAAGCUGAAAAAAUAAUCUCAGAGCACCUUUUAACCUUCAAGGAUAUUAAUGGUCUAGUUGAGCAGAAUGUUCAACUUAGAAGUCUUGUUCGUAGUCUUUCUGGCCAGAUUGAGAAUCAGGAGGUGGAGUUUAAGGAGAGGUUGGAACUAGAGCUGAAAAAACAUUCCGAUGAAGCUGCUGCAAAGGUUGCUGCUGUUCUGCAGAGAGCUGAAGAGCAAGGGCGCAUGAUUGAAUCACUUCAUACAUCAGUUGCCAUGUACAAGAGGUUGUAUGAGGAAGAGCAUAGUAUUCAUUUAUCCCAGACCCAUUCUUCAGACGCUCAUACAGUUGUCAAAGAUGUCGGUAGAAAUGACCUUGCUGCUUUAAUUGAUAGUUCACAGGAAGUGGCUAAGAGGUCCUUGGAAAAAGCUGCAGAGCGUGUUAGAUGCCUUGAGGAAGAUUUAGCAAAGGCUAGGAGUGAUAUUAUUGUAUUACGAUCAGAACGUGAUAAAAUGGAACUCCAGGCGAAGUUUUCUAAAGAGAGACUCGAUAGUUUUAUGAAAGAGUUUGAACACCAGAAAGCUGAAGCAAAUAGCAUUUUAGCAAGAAAUGUGGAAUUUUCUCAGCUUAUUGUUGAUUACCAACGAAAAUUACGUGAAAGUUCCGGGUCAUUGAAUGCUGCUGAGGAGCUUUCAAGAAGAGUUACUAUGGAGUUCUCUGUUUUAAAGCGUGAAAACGAAGUAUUAUCAAAUGCUGAAAAGAGAGCAUCUGAUGAGGUUCGUAGUUUAUCCGAAAGGGUGCAGCGCCUGCAGGCUAGCCUGGGUACCAUACAAAGUGCUGAGGAAGUUCGAGAGGAGGCAAGAGCUGCAGAGAGGGUAAAACAGGAAGAGUAUAUAAAGAAAUUAGAGAGGGAAUGGGCAGAGGCCAAGAGAGACUUACAAGAAGAGCGGGAAAAUAUGCGGAGACUCAUGCAAGACCGUGAUCAAACCAUAAAGAACACUAUGCGGCAGGUUGAGGAUUUGAGCAAAGAGUUAGCUAAUGCAUUGCGUGCUGUUGCAUCUGCUGAAUCUAGGGCUGCUGUGGCUGAGGCAAAACUCUCUGGCCUUCAAAGAAAAAUGGGCUCCGUUGACGAUAAGGUUUCUGAAAAGGUUGGUGUAAGUGGACUUCCCUCUAGCUCAAGUGAUGAGGUUGAUGGUGAACUACAAACAGCAAAAGCGGAGAUUGAAAAAUUGAAAGAGGAAGCUGAUGCUAUCAAAGCUCACAUGCUACAGUAUAAGAGCAUUGCUGAGGUUAAUGAAGAUGCACUCAAGCGCAUAGAAACUGCGCAUGAGAACUACAAAGUAGAGGCUGAGAAUGAAAAGAAGGCUUUAGAAGCUGAAGUUCAUUCACUUAGAGAGAAGGUGGCAGAGCUUGAAAAUGAAACUAGUCUGAAAUGUGAAGAAGUGGCUUCAGCAAGUGCAGGCAAAGACCAGGCUCUUGCAUCCGCUUUGGCUGAAAUCACAAAUUUGAAGGAAGAAAUUUUAGCCAAAUGUUCUCAAAUAUCAGCAAUGGAAGUUCAAAUGUCUGGCUUUAAAGAACAGCUGGAUGGGGAGCAUAAGAAGUGGCGUGCUGCUCAAGACAAUUAUGAAAGACAGGUUAUUCUCCAAUCCGAAACAAUUCAAGAGUUGAAAAGCACAUCUGAAGCAUUAGCCAUGCUGCAGGGUGAGGCAUCUGAAUUACGAAAACUAGCUGAUGCUCAGAAAAUUGAAAAUAGUCAACUGAAGGCUAAGUGGGAAGAGGAGAAGACAUUGCUUGAGAAGGCAAGAAAUGAUGCUGAGAAGAAAUAUGAUGAAAUAAAUGAGCAGAAUAAAAUACUUCAUAGCCAUCUUGAAGCUUUGCAUAUUCGGAGGGCAGAGAAGGAACGCAAUGCUGCUGGUAUAUCAUCUGGAAGUAGUAGUGCAGAUACAAUUGGUGAUGCUGGUCUUCAAGCUGUGAUGACUUAUCUCCGGAAUUCAAAAGAAAUUUCAGAAACAGAAGUGUCAGCUUUGAAACAGGAAAAGCUGCGGCUACAGUUGCAGCUUGAGGGUGCUUUAAAGGCAGUUGAAUCUGCACAUGCAUCAGUAGAGGCUGAGCGUGCAAAGUCAAAAUCAUGCUUGUCCACUGAAGAAGAGUUUAAAUCAUUGCAACUUCAGGUUAGGGAGAUGAACUUACUUCGUGAGAGCAACAUGCAGCUUAGGGAAGAAAAUAAGCAUAAUUUUGAGGAGUGCCAGAAAUUGCGUGAACUAGCACAUAAAGCAAGAGCUGAGGUUGAAAAUCUAGAGAACCUUCUGAGAGAAAGAGAAAUGGAGUUGGCCCUUUGUAAGAACGAAAUUGAAGGACUAAAAAGGGAGAAAGAUGAUCUCCGUCAUAAGGUUUCUGAGUUGCUUGAAAGGAGUAAAAACAUUGAUAUGGAGGAUUAUGAUCGAAGCAAGAAACUUGUUCGAGAUUUGCAGGAAAGACUCAAAGAAAAGGAUUCUAAACUAGACGAAAUGGGGAAAACUCUUUCUGUAAAGCAGGAUUCAGUUGCACGUUUGGAGCAAGACCUAUCAAAUUGCAGAGCGGAACUAGUGGAGAGAGAAAAGAGAAUUAAUGAUAUUUCACAAUCUGAGGUUAGCCUAAAGCAUGAAGUGGACAGGCAAAAGAAAAUGCUGGGUUCAUUGAAGAACAAGAACGAGUUAUUGUCAAAGGAGGUUCAACAACUUUCAAAGCAAUUAGAUGAAAUCAAACAAGGGAAAAGGUUGACUACUGAUACAACUGGUGAUCAUGCAAUGAAAGAAGAGAAGGACACCAGAAUACAGAUUCUUGAAAAAACAGUGGAGAGACAGCGAGAUGAAUUAAAGAAGGAGAGGGAAGAAAAUCGAAUGGAGAAAAACAGACGAAUUAAGACCGAAAAAGCAAUAAAGGAUUCUUACAGCAAUAUUGAGCAGGAGAAAGCGAAGUUCAUUAAUGAACUUGAGAGGCACAAAGAGGCUCUAAAACGAUUAUCUGAGGAAGUUGAAAAGGUUAAGGAUGUUGGCAGUCUUCCUGAGGGAGCAAAUGCAGUUCAACUUCUUUCUGGAACCAAUGUUGAUGACUUAGCUGCUCCAUAUGUAUCUGCUGUUGAAAGCUUUCAGAAGGAAGCUCAUUCAGUAUUUUCUGAGCUUGGAGACCAUCUGAACCUUGGAGAUGCAACGACAGUUAUGGAUACUUCUGCUGCUGCUACAGCUUCUGUGGUGCAUGCACCAACCUCUAGUGUCGUAUCCUUGCCAGCUGUUGGUGUAAGCGGGUUACCACCUAAAGCCACCACAGAUACUGAUAAAAGACCUACAUUUUCCCGGCCAAGUGCAGAACCCCGUAAAACUGGUAGGAAAUUGGUCAGGCCCCGUCUGGUAAAACCUGAUGAGCCACAAGGUGACACAGAAAUGUCUGAUGCCGAAGGAUCAGGUAAGCCUGGGCCUUCUGAGGGAGAACCUCAAACUGGUUUUGCUCCAUCUCAGCCGGUAGCUCGUAAACGUGUUGCUCCUACCUCUACUUCUGAGUUGCGGGAAGAAUCAGUUGCAGUUGGCGAGAAGAAUUCCGAGACGCCCAUGUUGAAGAAGUCGAAGGGAUCAGAAUCCCCUGGAGAUAGCGGUGAAGAUCAACCUGCUACAACUCCAGAACUUAAUGGAACUAAUCAGGCUUCUGAGGAACUUGAAAGGGGUGAGUUGCCACAAGGUCAAAAUGCUGGAGUCGUUGAAGCUCAAAAUGAAGAUGGCGAAAUACCUGUAGGAAAGGAUGAGGAAGCCAACGAUCCGCAGAACUUGGAUGGUACUAAUCAAGAGGAAUUACAUGAUGACAAGCCCAUUGAUUUAGAGGAAAAUCAGGAUCAAGCAGCUGAAGUGAAAAUGGGGUCAGAUGAUAUGCAAAGGGAUCAGAUUGAGCCAGAAAACCAGCCGUCAUUGUUUGCAGUUGCUGGUGAGAGAGAAGAGGGAGAAUUAUUGCCAGAAACUGGAGAACUUGAGGGUGGUAAUGAGGAAAACCAAGAUUCUCGGGAAGGUCAACCUGAGCCUGUUAGAACGCCUGAGCCUGUUAGAACGCCUGAACCUUCUCCUACUAGGGCUGAUGAUGAAGCUCUUGAGGCAGGAGAGAUCAAUUCUCCUGUGCUUUCAGGUGAUGAUAAAAAUGACGAGGGUGAAUUGACUGAGGAGGCUGGUGAUACUCUAGACAAGGCGUCCGAUGUUAACGAAUCAACAGCAGUUGAGACAUCUACUGCUGUUGAGAGUGAUCAGGUGGCUGAACCUACUCCCAGUGCAAGUGAGGUUGCACCGGCUACUAUUGCUGUAGAAAGUAGCUCCUCAAGAAUUGUUACAAGGCAAGCUACUAUCCAUGGUAGUGCCCCUCCUGAAACAGACGAUGUAAAGCAGACAUCCCCUCUGAACAGUUCAUCAACCACCAUAAAUUUGUUAGAGCGAGCCCGAGAGAGGGCUCAAUUGAGACAGGCUGGAGUAGUUUCCACUGGUGGGAGAGCACGUGGAAGAGUUCUGCGUGGUCGAGGCGUACGAGGUCGCGGACGCAGGCCGCCUACUAGCGAGUCUUGAAUCAACGAAGUAGUGUGUAUGGUUAAAUUAUUUUGACUAUGCACUGCUAUUCUAAACCAUUCAGUCUUAAAAAUAGGGCAGUAUAGAGAGAAUCUUAUCUGUAAAUGGGGCUCAGGUUCAGGUUCACGUAAAUGCAAUGGUUUAUCAUGUCUUAAAGGAUGUGUACCCAAAAUAGGAAGCAUGUGUUCCUGUUAAUGGUUACAUUUGAUAAAUUAGAUUUGAUGACACUAGUAUUUGUUAAUUAUUAGAAUAUAAAAUUUUAAGACCAA